AGGGCGGGGGUCUCACUGUCCCCUCUCCCCCCAGCCCCGAGCAGUGCCAGGAUAAGGGCGGGGGUCUCACUGUCCCCUCUCCCCCCAGCCCCGAGCAGUGCCAGGACAAGGGCGGGGGUCUCAGUGUCCCCUCUCCCCGCAGCCCCGGUGCCGUUCCCCGGGCAGCAGCCGCCGCCGCCGCCGUCGCAGAGCCUGGCGGGGUCCCUGGCCGGUGGCAGCAGCAGCAGCAGCAGCAGCGCCCACCCCGCCGUGCCCGGUAAUUGCACCGUGCCCGGUAACGCCACCGUGCCCGGUAACCCCACCCUGCCCUUCGGCCUGCCCGUGCCCACCGUGCCCCCCGUGCCCCCGAGCAUGGCUAACCCCCCGCCCUGCGACCCCUUCCCCUCUAACCCGGCCCCCCUCCCGCUGCAUGGGGCCCUGGCCAGCAGCAUGCCGGGGGUGGGGGGGCUGCCCCCCAACUCCCACCCAGCCCUGCCGCCGCUCCCGGGGGGCUCGGCCGCCGCGCACAGCCCCGCCAUCGUGGCCGCCGUGCAGGGAAACCUCCUUCCCACCCUGGCAGGUGAGACAUUUUAGGGCUGUUUUUUUGGGGGGGGGUCGC